AAUGAUCAGAUUAUUUCAUUUUAUCGGUAGCACUCGGUGAGCCGCAGGUAUAUAAACAAUAUCAACAAUGAAUUCGACAUUGUUGCUCAAGUGUAACGGAUUACAUCGUACAAAAAAAACUCAAAAUGUCGAAGGUAAAGGUGUACUACUUCGACGGUAAGGCAGUGGGGGAAAGCAUACGCAUGCUCUUGGCUUAUGGAGGCCAGGAGUUCGAAGACGUGAGAUUGCAAUUUGACAACUUCGCCGAAUUCAAACCGCAGACCCCAUUCGGGCAAGUGCCGGUGCUUGAGAUUGAUGGUAAGAAAUACGCGCAGAGCAAAGCUAUCGCGCGCUACCUCGGCCGCAAGUACGGGCUCGCCGGCAACGACAUCGAGGAGGACUUCGAGAUCGACCAGGUCAUGGAUCUCUUCUCCGACCUUCGUUCCAAUAUCUCAGCGGUUACACAUAUAAAAGAUCAGGCAGCGAAGGAUGCGAAGCACGCUGAGAUGUUGGAAACCAAAUACCCCUACUACCUGCAGAAACUCGAGGAGAUCAUAACCAAGAACAACGGGUUCCUCGCGCUUGGCAGGCUCACCUGGGCAGACUUCAUAUUCGUCGGUUACUUUGACGCCCUCAAAUUCUUCCUUCGAAUGCCGGACCUCGAGGAGAAGUAUCCAAUUUUCAAGAAACUCGUUGAUGCCGUCGUUUCUAUUCCAAAAGUCAAAGCUUACAUCGAUUCCUCGCCAAAAUCGCCAAUAUAAAGAUUUCGCCGUAUGUUUAAACUAUUAUAAAUAAAAUUGGUGAUAUAAGUAUAAGUAUUAUUUUGUUAAUAAAUUAUUUUUAUAUAUAAAA